AGGCCUCGAGAAUGACAAGGUUCCAAUAAUGUCCUAGGAAGAAGGCAAACAAAUGGAGGUUGAGUGAAGAAGGAGAAGAAAAGAAGAAAAAAACGUCUCUCCUCCUUCGCCCUGGAGUGGAUUGGUUCAGCUGGUCAUGUUAGCACCUCCAUGUGCAGCCGGUGGUGCAGUGUGUUGUGGAGUUCCGGUGCUUUUGUUACUGCAACCCCACCUGCUGCUUCCCCCACUGCCUCCCCUGCUGGCUACAUAAGGUGCGACUAGCAGUGCCACGGGGAAGGGGAGGGUACCAAAGGGUGGAGGAAGUAGGGGAGAGAAGCAGGAACACUGGGAAGGGGACGCCAACCAUCGUCUGGGUCAGGCAGUACAAACAGCAGCAGGAUGUCGAAGCCCCCGUCUGACAAGCUCCCGACCUUCAAGCUGGUGGUGGUCGGGGAUGGUGGUGUGGGCAAGUCGGCCCUCACCAUUCAGUUCUUCCAGCGGCUGUUUGUCACUGACUAUGACCCAACCAUCGAAGACUCGUACAUUCAGCACACUGAGGUGGAUGCUCAGUGGUGUAUCCUUGAUGUGCUAGAUACUGCAGGACAGGAAGAGUUCAGUGCAAUGCGAGAGCAGUACAUGCGGAAAGGAGACGGCUUCAUGUUGGUAUAUUCGGUCACCGAUAAGCAGAGCUAUGAGAAUAUUCCACACUUCUACACACAAAUUCUGCGUGUUAAGGAUAGAGAGUCGUACCCGAUGCUUCUGGUGGCCAACAAGGUGGAUCUGGUACACAUGAGGAAGGUGUCUGAGGAAAUGGGCCGGGAACUCGCUCACAGGCUGAACCUCUCCUACAUAGAAACUAGUGCGAAGGAUCCACCACUCAAUGUUGAUUCGGCAUUCCAUGAGGUUGUUCGCAUCAUCCGGAACUCUCCACCAGUGUACGGGCCUCCAAAGGGCAAAGGGAAGGGAAAGUGCGUAAUUAUGUAAGUGCUUUGAACCUGAGUUUAAUCCACCACCCAAUGUAUGUUAUUGGUUCAUCAAGUAAAUCCAAACCACGAUUGUACAAAGCUUUUUGGGCAUUGAGACAUUGAAUUCUUGGAGAUGUGUUCCCCCCUUUCUGAAAUUUCUUCUGAGUUUUUGUCGUUGCGGAAAGGAUAAAAACACGCCUGAGUUGACAUUGGGUUGGAGGACAUCACAAAGGAGUGGGGCAGUGUGUGGAUCACGAAAAAUAACUUACAGUAAAUGUUUUGUGCCAUAAGUGUUCCUGAAAGGGCAAGACCUGGAAUAAUACAAGCUGCAGCUUACACCUCCCCAUUCAUAACGUGAUGCACUGAUCGCAGCUACCGUAUAUCUGGUAACCAAAGCUGUAACACUCCUUUGGGGUGAUUUUAUUUUUUUCUUUCUUUUUGUUAUGUAUUAAGUAUAUAUGUAUUUUUCUUUCCAUUUUUUUUACAAUGGAUUUUUGUGUUAUGUUUCCCAUAUAGCUGUUGGGUUGUAUGCAGUCUUAUAUGUGUUUUCAUCAUGUAUGUACCAGAUUAACAAUUUUAUUGAACAGUUGAUUGAGUAUUUUAGCUAAAACUUUUUUGGUGUCAAGUGUGGCUUAAGUGGAUAUUACAAAAUUCUUGAUCAUCGUAGAUGGUAAUUUUGUGUAAUGUUGUGUUUUAAUUCAAUAUUAUAUGUUGUUCAAGUAUGGGUACCAUACUUUACAGAUGCAUAUAAAUAUAUAUAUUAAUGCACUUUUAGUAUUAUCAACAAGCUUUAAAUUAGUUGUUUAACUUAAUCUUUCACAACAUACCAAAGGAUAAGGAGGAUUCUGCUGCAAGCACCUCCAUUACUUUUUUAAAAGUUUUUAUGAUUUGACUGGUGGGUUUCACCUGGAAGAAUUUGUUUGAGGAUAUGAAUUUAUCCUUUACAUAGAGGAUUACUAAAUUAUUGUUUCCUCAGCUCAAACACAAGCACAAAUAAGAUGUCUUUACCAGACAUUCUACAGGAGUGCUCAAAUUACCUAUUUUUAUUUCAAUUGUAUUUAUUCAAUUGAGCUUAUUUUACCAAUACAUGACUGUAAUUUCACAGUGGAUCUAAAUGUCAGAUGUAAUAGCUCUCUUAGCAGAUAUAUAUUUAUGAGUAUUCUUAUUUGACUGAAAGCAACACAAACAAAAUGUGUUUAAAAAGAAAAAAAUCUGGCCUAUGAGGUAAUGUUGUGUAGAUCAGUUGUCCAAAAAGUAAAAAAUAAGACGUAUAAAGCUAUAAAAAAAAGUAAGUCUCAGACUUUGGGAAGCGUACGACAGAAGCUAUGGAAAGAAAGGUUAUUAUGCUUGUCUGUCGUGUUGUGUCAGGUACCCCUUCUCCCCCAAGUUGGCCCCCCCAAGCCCUCAUGACUCCCCCCUUGAGUAGGUUUGGUGGGGGCCCAUGGGGUAAGGCACAACCCCUCAUGUUCCGUAGUUAAGAGGCGCCCUCACAUUCUAUCUUUGGGGAAAUAAUACUUUAAAAUAAAAGUAUAGUAUUGCUUGAUUAAAGGGUAUUAACAUUCCCGAGAAACAAGCAACAUGAAAGCCAAAAAUAUGUCUUCAUUGGGUCCGUAGCUUCCGGCGAGUGCUUCCCAAGUCCAGGUCAUUAGUUUCUUGAAUAGGCCCAGACACUUGGAUUAGAUAUGUUAUUUCAAAUAGUUUUCUUAGAAGUCUUCAGGUUGUACUUAUGGAAAUGUGACAUAGUGACCUCUAAAUAGUAAUGUUUCUCAAUUAAUUGUGUUUCCUGGCUGAAUUAUACUGAAAAACAAAAGCAAAAAACAAAAAUGAACUCAUGGAAUAGUCAAUACUUAGGGUCACAAUGUAGUAGAUCUCUUAGCAUUCACAAAGUUUCACAUAUACCAGCUGAGGUGCAUUGGAUGUUCUCCAGCUUAUAUGAUUCUACUACAACUUCAAUUGGCAAUUAAAUUGAAAAGCAAAAGAAGUAAAAAGUAAAGUAAAGUAAAAAAAAAAAAAAAAAAAAAAAAAAAAAAAGGAAAGGUGAGUUAAGUAAACAUUUGCAAGUGAGUUAUAAUAAGUAAAUAAUGAUAACGAAUAAAUAAAUGAUUAAAUAAUAACAGUAAUGGAAGAACUCUCUGUGGACCAAGAACAGAAUGAACAUCAGAAGUCCACCAGUAAGUUUAAAAGUUUUGGAGAAUGCCAGACCCACUUUGUUCCCUCUCCUGUCUCUCUGGGCACGUCUGCGCUGGCUGCCCUUCAGCAUCAUCUCCCCCGUAAGGCUGGUGGGCAGUGAGUCCUAGGCGGGGCGGAGAGAAACAGGGAGGGAUCCACUUCUCAUUUGGUAUUAUUCCACAGUAGAAUAAUAGAACCUUCCUAGAGAACUGUUGUAAACUCUAUUUUUUUGUGAAGUACAUGUUGUAUGGAUGUCCCAGAUAUUAUGAUGAAUAUAAUAGUUAAUAUAAUUGCAGUGAAGACUGUUCUCAUAGUGUGCCCUUGACCAAUGAACGCAGCCUUUUGGAGUUGGUGCUCAAAUACCCCACUCAAGCAUCAUCUCCAGAGGCAUUGCUAGCUCUAUAGUUCAAGGCAAGUGGUGGUGUGUACUAUUAUGUAAUUAUGUGUCCAGAUCUGUAUUUGCUGUAAAAAAUGUCAAAAGUGAUUUAAUGUUCCUCUUGUCAUUAGUCAUGGCUCAGUCCUGAGUGGUUUUAAAAGUCUGUAAGGAUGUUUAUAACUGUACCCAAGGCUUUUUAAUGCUCAAACCCACAGAGAAUAUGGUUGUGGAGCUUAGCACAAUCUUCUUGUGUAACUAGUGCUACAGACACACAGUAUGGUGCAUCGAUAUGCAUCAUAAUUUGCAGAGUUUGAUAUGAAAUGGUUUUGGUUUGCCCUGUACAAGAUUUCACCUGUGAGAAUCAUAGGGCACAGUUACCCAUCUAGAAAAGGACGGUAACUGCAUGUGCACUGUAACUUAAGUGGAAAGCGACCUGGCAAGAAAAGUGUAAAUAAAUGUGGAUUUUGAUAAUUAACAAACAGCUGGUUGAUUACGUGGUCUAAACCCAGACACGCCAUUGAGAAGUGCUUAAUGAAUGAUGUCAACAGAAGAUGGCAUUGGAGUGACUUCCAGAAAGCUUUAUUGAGGUUUGUAAAGAAUAGGAAUGAAGCCAUUUUAUAUUACUGUAUUUGAGAUGAAUAUCUUUAAAAGGAUAUGAAAUUGUACCAAAGAAUCUGUUGGUCAUUCUGAACAGAUGAGUUAGUAAUACAUUAUUAGCAGCAGUAUUAAUUAAACUGUUUCUGGACUAAUAAAGAUCAGAUGUGACAUGUUUGUCGGUGUAUUGCGCAUACAACUUGAGCCAGACUGCCAUUAAAAGUAAAUGUAGUA